UCUCUUCUGCUUAUCUUCACAUUAAUUGAUUAAUUUUUCACUUUAAUUCCCCACUUGAAAUAUAUAAUCAAGUCCAUUAGUCAACUCUUAUUGGGAGAAUAUAAGUAAAAAACAAAGACCAAACACACAAAACCCUAAACAAAGACAACAAAUCUGGAAAGCUAACAAAGACCAGUAAACUUGUUACUUGUUAAAUCAACGACCUUCGCCAUUCUCUUUUAUCUCUUAACCUUUGAAACAAAAACUUAAAAAAAAAAAACUAAAAAAAAACAUGGAUACACCAAAGAAACUCUGUACGCUCUUCUGCUUCGCUGCUCUCUUCUGUCUCUUCUUCACCAUUAACCAGACCAUGUCCGAAUCCGACCACAUGGACACUUUCUGCAUCAAAUCAUCCAGAAACAUCACUCACAACAACACAAAUCUCAACACCAUGCUCUCUACUUUUCGCAACCAAUCAUCCACCGUUAACUAUUACAACCUCACAACUGGUCUAGCUUCAGACACAGUCUAUGGAAUGUUCUUAUGCACAGGAGACGUCAACAUAACAACCUGCCACAACUGCGUCAAGGACGCAACAAUCGAGAUUGCCAAAAACUGUACUAACCAUCGAGAAGCAAUCAUUUACUACAUGGAUUGUAUGGUCCAUUCAAUCAAAAAGAGAUUGUCUAAGACGAUGGGAGAAGUCAUCGUAAGAUCGUCUAUGUUGUCUUCAGCUUUCACGCCGUAUUAUUACAUGGAUGAGACUCGAUUUGAUGGCUCCUACGAUAUUGGCUCUCUUGUUUAGUGUAGUCUACAUUUGGAUUCUCAAAAGUGUACCAAGAUUUGAAUGUGAGUUUUACCUUCCUUAGUUCA